CACACACACACAAAAACAUCAAACAUAAAUGGAUCAUCACCAUCAUCGUGGAGGGUUCCAUGGUUACCGCAAGCAACAUCCUCUUUCUAAGUCCUCCUCUUCUGAAAUGAGAUUGACAUCGGAGGUUUUACCGGCUGAGAUGAAUCACAUACGCCCAACUAGCAAUGGGAAAGGAGUAUCACAUGACAUGAACAACCAUACAAAUAACCAUCAUCCCUACAACAAUAACAAUAACAACAACAAUGGGUUCGGCAAUGGAAAUAACAAUCACUCAACAUCAACUGAUCAAGAUAACAAUGAGUGCACUGUACGCGAACAAGACCGCUUCAUGCCCAUCGCCAACGUCAUUAGGAUCAUGCGCAAGAUUCUUCCUCCUCAUGCCAAAAUCUCCGAUGAUGCUAAGGAAACUAUCCAGGAGUGUGUAUCCGAGUACAUCAGCUUCAUAACAGGUGAAGCCAAUGAGAGGUGCCAAAGGGAACAACGUAAGACCAUAACUGCUGAAGAUGUUCUUUGGGCGAUGAGCAAGUUGGGAUUCGAUGACUACAUCGAACCCCUCACACUUUACUUGCAUCGAUACAGGGAACUCGAAGGGGAGCGUGGUUCCAUCCGCACUUGUGAGCCACUCCUCAAACUCAGCCGUGCUGCCAUGGAUCAGUACGCUGCAUUUGGACCUGUCUUUCACAUUGGACCUCCCCCUACUCAUCACCCAGGCUAUUAUGGUGGCCCUUCUUCUGUUAAUGGGUACUUGAAAGAAGCGACUGCAGUCGCUGGAUCCGAUACAAAUGCACAUUCCCAACCGUCUGCUGUCGCUGCUACUGGUGGUGGAUCAGCUAAUAGUGUUGCUAGUUUUGAGCCGUAUGGUCAACACAAAUGAUAAUGUGGGUGUUAUUUGUAGUGCUAGCUAACAUUUAACUGUGCCUCCCUCGUUGCAUACGUUAAGGUUGUGGAUUGAGGGGAGGUCAUUUCGAGACGGUUUAGGAUGAUGGAAACAAUGACUUGUGUAAUUCGGCUGUUAUUUUGGCUUGAUCUUGCUGACUGUUUUACUUGGACAAUGUUAGGUUGUUUGAAGGGAA